AUGGAGAGACUAAAGCUGAAGCAAAUGCCAGAAUAUUUGUGUGUCAGGCUGGUGGCCAUGUUGCUCUUGGUGGUAAUUUUCCUCCCGAGCACGUUCUGUGACACAGGACCUGCACAUAAUUCUUCCUAUGAAACAGUCAUCCCCAAGAGACUGCCAGGUGGGGGAAGUGAGGACCCUGGGGGGAAGGUGUCCUACAUGCUGGUGCUGCAGGGCCAGGAGCAGCUGCUCCACCUGAAGGUAAAGAGAUACUACUCCGUGAACAGCUUCCCGGUCUACACUUACCGCAGCGGCAUCCUGGGGCAAGACACGCCUCUCCUCUCACAAGACUGCCACUAUGAAGGCUACAUGGAAGGGGUGCCAGGCUCCUUUGUCUCUGUCAACAUCUGUUCAGGCCUCAGGGGCGUCCUGAUUAAGGAGGAGACGUCCUACGGCAUUGAGCCCAUCCUCUCUUCCCAAAAGUUUGAACACGUCCUCUACACGGUGGCACAUCAGCCUCGGGUCUCCUGCAGUGUCACUCCCAAAGACAGCCCAGGGGACAUGAGCCAGCAACAAAGGAGCAGGAAGCCUGCUGACCUCCAGGCGCUGUCUGACUUGUGGUCACACACCAAGAAUGUGGAGAUGUUUGUCGUGGUCAACCACCAACGGUUCCAGAUGUGGGGCAGUAAUGUCAACGAGACGGUCCGGGCAAUAGUGGACAUCAUUGCUCUGGCCAACAGCUUCACUAGGGGAAUAAACACAGAGGUGGUACUGGUGGGCGUGGAAAUCUGGACAGAGGGGGACCAGAUAGAGGUCCCAGUGGACCUGCAGGCUACACUCAGGAAUUUCAACCGCUGGAGACAGGAGAAGCUCAUGGACCGGGGCAGGCACGAUGUCGCACAUCUGAUCGUUGGGCAUCAUCCAGGAGAGAAUGAGGGCCAGGCGUUUCUCAAUGGUGCCUGUUCAGGCGGGUUUGCGGCAGCGGUGGAGGCCUUCCAUCACGAAGACGUCCUCCUGUUCUCGGCCCUCGUGGCCCACGAGCUGGGACAUAAUCUGGGUAUCCAGCAUGACCACCCGGCCUGCACCUGUGACUCUAAACACUUCUGCCUCAUGCAUGAGAAGAUCAGUAAGGACAGUGGCUUCAGCAGCUGCAGCUCUGACCACUUCCACCAUUUCCUCCAGGAUGGCAGAGGGGCCUGCCUGCUUGAUGAGCCUCGGCGCCAAAGCCGCAAGCGCAGAGCUGCCCGGUGUGGAAACGGUGUGGUGGAGACUGGGGAGGAGUGUGACUGUGGUCCUGACUGUGAACAUCACCAAUGCUGUGAGCCAACAUGUACACUGAAGGAGGGUGCAGAGUGUGAUGAUGAGCCUUGCUGUUCUCGAUGUAAAUUUAAAAAGAAAGGACAGACUUGCCGUCCUGCUAGUGGGCCGUGUGACCUGGAUGAAUACUGCAAUGGGACCUCUGCAACAUGCCCUGAGGACAGAAUAGUACAAGAUGGCUCUGUAUGUCAUGAAUUUUUCUUUUGCUUUAAGGGUCAGUGCAUGGACCCUACUUCUCAGUGCUCACAAGUUUUUGGGUAUGGUGCAAGGUCUGCCUCAGAUGAAUGCUACAGCUCUCUGAACAGCAGAGGGGACCAGUAUGGAAACUGUGGCCCUUCCUCUGAGUCUCCAGGAACAUAUGUCAAAUGUUCAGAUCAAAAUAUGCUGUGUGGGAAACUUGUAUGUACAGAAGUGUCCUUCUUGCCACUAAUCAAAGCCAGGCACAUACUGAUCCAGAUCGCUCAGACAGUGGAUUGGUGCUGGAGUAUGGCUGCUUUUGACAAGGCAGAUAGCCCUGAUGAGGGACAAGUGAAGAAGAAUACUUACUGUGGGCCACAAAAAGCCUGUGAAAAUUCUGUUUGUAAGGAUGCUCCCACUUUCAACUUCUCCUGCGACACUCAGCAAUCUUGUAAUGAACAUGGGGUUUGUAAUGAUUUAGGAAACUGCCAUUGUUCAUUUGGAUUUGCACCCCCUGACUGCAAAGCUGAGGGAACUGGAGGCAGUGUGGACAGUGGUCCUACUGGUGGAGUGUCAAAUGAAAAACCUACAGAAGGAAAUGCGACUCCGGCUCCUAAAGAUGAUUUUAUCCUUAACUUGAAGCUGAUAGUUCUUGGGGUCAUUCUGGUGCUCUUCAUCCUCCUUAUCAUCAUAUGCAUCACAGUUGCCUACAGUAAGUCAGAACCUUCUUCUGAAGCAGAGCCUCCAAAGUUGGAGAAGGUUCCGGAAGAGGCCAAGAAAGAGAAAGAAGAGGUAGAAGAGGAGGAAGAGGAAGAGGAAGAGGAAGAGGAAGAAAAGGAGGAGGAAGAGGAAGAG